AUGGAGCUACUUAAUUUGAAAAAUGAGGACAACAUGUCAGUGCAUACGAUGAGGUACUCUGACAUGCAGUUCGAAACGAACACGGACAUCUCUUCCAUUGAAGAGUCUCCCUUUUUUUCCGUUGGAGAUUUUCCGAACGAAUUGCACAGCAGCUUCGACGAUAUUUCAGACUACAUCUUGGUAGACGAAUCGGAUUUGAAAAGAGAACGUUCGGAUAUCACCAGCUGCGAAAGUACCAUGACUAUGGCAACAAAGGGAGGAGGUGUUAUGCCGAUUAAGCGAAAUGGUUCUGUGAAAAUAAAAAAGGAAAUGAAAAGCGCUAGUUACUCAGAGGAAAGCAAAACAGGAAGUGAUAAUACCAACGAUGAACAGAAUAGGAAGCCAGGUCUCUGUAGGACCCUCGGUACAGAGGGUAGGAAGAGGAUGUUAAAAUUGUUAAGGAAGGCCUACAAGUACAAUGACGAAUGUAAAGUAAUUAUGAAAAAUAAAAAUCCCCCCCUGUCUAUUAGUUACUUGCCUUACUUCAACCUGUCUAUGCUGUGGCAGCUAGCGGAAGAUUUCGGAGUUUACAAUGAAGCUUUAAAAAUCCAUAAGGAGUGCAUUAAGAAGAGGAAUGCUAAUGUGCGCUUUAAGCAGAGCAGCAAGAAUGCAGCCAAUUAUAAUUUGUCGGACAUGAACAAGACGGCCAAAUCUUCGAAGACAGAGUACAUGUCAGAUUACAUGUGCGCGAACAUGGAUACCCAAACUGGGGAGGACUUUGACACCACCAACACGACCCUAAAUGAUGAGGCGCAAGGCAAGAGGAAGAGGAAGAAGAGCAGCAUCUAA